CAACUCCCAACACUCAACUCUCUCUCUCUCUCUCUCUCUCUCUUUCUCUGUGAUGGAGAGCAGCAGUGAGACAACGGCGACAAUCAUCAGGACAUCAUCAUUAUCACCCCACUCUCUUUCGCCUUCAUCCUCAUCUUCACCUCCACAACCACCACAACUACCACCGUCGCAUCAGGCAGUUGUUGUUAGCCCUUGUGCCGCAUGUAAGAUCCUCCGGCGGAGGUGCGCCGAGAAAUGCGUCUUGGCGCCUUACUUUCCCCCUACCGAUCCCCUCAAGUUCACCACCGCCCACCGCGUCUUUGGCGCCAGCAACAUUAUUAAGCUCUUGCAGGAACUUCCGGAGGAUCAAAGAGCUGAUGCAGUAAGCAGCAUGGUUUACGAGGCCAACGCCAGGCUAAGGGACCCUGUUUAUGGUUGUGCUGGGGCAAUCAGUCACCUUCACAAGCAAGUGAAUGAGCUCCAAGGCCAGCUUGCAAAGGCCCAGGCAGAGCUGAUAAACAUGCAAAGCCAACAAACAAACUUGGUGGCCUUCAUUUGCAUGGAAAUGGCACAAUCUCCUCCAGUACUACCCCAACAAUCAAGUUUUGACAACUUGGUCAUUAGUAACCCUAGUUUCCUAGAUGAGACCAAUCCAGGGUCACUGUGGGACCCUCUUUGGACAUGAUCAAAAAGUUGUCUUCUAACUCCAAGCUAAUUGCAGAGUCGGAAGAAAAAAUAUGUAUGAAUAACCACAAAAAUGUGUGGUUGUAAAGUGGUCCGGAAGUACCCUUAUUGUAUAAUUUCACUGUAUUGCGAGCUUUUUGUUUAUACAACAAAAAGACUCAUCUUGUCGCUUAUAAUUUCAAAUCUGCCACUCGACCACCACAUGAUUUUGGUAUUGACUUAUCUUCGGGUGUUGAAUU